ACAUACGUCCUUAGGAAGAAUUGUCAGAAUGUCUGCUCCUAUUUUGGCAAAACCACAGCUGCGAGGCCUUUUGGCUAAGCGCUUGCGAUUUCAUAUUAUUACAGCAUUUAUUCUGUCCUUGGGAUGUGCUACCAUGUAUAAGUUUGGAGUGGCUGAACCUGGGAAAAAGGCAUAUCAAAAUGUCUAUAGAAGGUAUGAUGCUGUGAAAGAUUUUGAAGAGAUGAAUCAAGCUGGUGUCUUUCAGUAUAGAAAACCAUGAUGAAAUAUACAGGUUUCAGAGGCUUGAGGUCCCUGGAUACUUAUUACUGACCUGUUUUUCU